CCUUGGGGUCCCGCAUUUCUCCUGCAGACAACAGGUCUUUUGCUGAGGAAUGUAGUCUGUCUAUUGGCUGAAGCCAGGAAGGGCUGCAGUAUUAGGAUUGAAUCCAGGGGCACUCUGACAUUGAGAUAUAUCUUUGGCCCAUUUUAUUUUUUAUUUCAAGACAGGUUCCUAGUUUGCUGUGAUGUCAGUUGGGGAUUCUUCCUGGAAAACCCUGGAAAUGGAGAGCUUGCAAACAAGGUUCAGUGCCUGGACACCUUUUAGCAACAAGUCACUAAAUAGACAGCUCUUUCAGGAAAGAGUUGCUUUGAUAAGUCAUUGGUUUGACCUCUGGACCAACAAACAACGUCAAGAAUUCUUAUUCACAAUUCUUUUACGAUGCACUAAAUCACAAUUAAGGUGUGUCCAAGACUGGUUUUCAGAAAGGACGCAAGUGGCCAGGGUGGACUUCUCGACUGUGUUACCACGCUUCAUUUCUCUAUAUAUCUUCUCUUUUCUGAACCCAAAAGACCUGUGUGCAGCAGCCCAAGUCAGCUGGCCCUGGAAGUUUUUAACUGAACAGGAUUGCUUAUGGAUGCCCAAAUGUAUUAAGUUUGGAUGGUUUCUGCCCUAUACACCAACAGACAACGAGUAUGGGGCUUGGAAGCGCCAUUAUAUUGCUUGUGUGUCCAACCUAGAUUGGCUAACUCCCAGGGAGGCCGCUGCUAUUUAUGGGACACUGAAUGAACCCAAAGCAGAGGACGAGGAGCUUCAGGAGAGACAGAGAGAAAAAUGCCUAAGGAAAAUAAUUUGGGAGAAAAUUGCUCUACACAAGAAGGAGUUAUUCAAAGUUCGACCCCCUUGGGUGACUGGAACAUGCUGCUCCAGAUUGUUAAAAUCCAAAUACCAACCACAUCUCUCCCAGACGGUGAGGGAUCGAGUGGGAUUACAUGAAGCUUUGGAGAAACAGCUUGUUUUGGCAUCAAUAGAAGCUUUGCCCAAACAAAGCAAUGUUUCUGGAAGUCAUCCAUACCCUUUAUUAUCAAAAAAGAAAAUCUGGCAUGGAGUUUCUCAAAAUGAUGACAGCUCUUCCUAUGCUUCCCAGCUACAUGUCAUCAUAAUAUCAUCUCGGAUUCCUGCGUAUGAGAUGGUGGUGGACAGCGUGAAGGCAGGUGUGAUUUCUGUGGUCUGUGAACACGGCGGCAUGACCUUGGAGAGCCUUCUCUACCUCAUGGGGAAAGCCCUGCAGGGGCGGAAGGCACAGAGUAUAGGAAUCCUGAGUGAUGGAGAUAGCAGAGAAAUCAAUUUACUUCAAGGCUAUAAAAUUGGUAUUAAAAAUUUACUGAGGCCUGAAGUGAGAGACUUCUGGGAGAAAUUAGGCAGCUUUGUAGCCACCAAAGAAGAAGGGGGUCAUGUGGACUUAUUUGUGCCUCUUGGAGCAUCAGAGGCAGGCAUAGAAGUGCUCUCUCAGCUGUCUCAACUAACUGGCACAUUCUUUACUGCCCCCACUGGGAUUGCAACUGGCUCUUACCAACACAUUCUUAGUGACUGGCUGGGACCUCAGCAGGGUGGGCCUCCUCCUUCCAUCUACUUCAAUGAAGCCAAGCUACAGAUGUGGUCCAACCUCACAGACUUCCUGGAAGAUGCCUUGAAAUCAGUGAGGAGAGAGUUAAGACCUCUCUUCAAGGAGCUGCAGAAGGGCAUCAGUGGCAGGAUGAUAGGGCAAUUUAUGUUUGACUCCAUGAGUAUGACAAGCAUUCUGAAUAACCAAGACAUUGCACAAGCUCUGGCAGAUGGUCUGAUGGAGCUGUCAAAAGAAAAUUCUGAAAGGCCUCUGGAAUUUUUGGCAUGUUUUCUGCUGAAGAAAUGUAGUAAAAAGAGCAAAGAUGAAGGAAAUGUUAUUCUGACAAAAUGUGACCUAAAAGAAACACUUGAUUUGUUCACAAAGGAAAGAAACAUUAUAGAAGACAACUCUCAGGACACAGAAUCAAGUCUCAACAAAAGUGAUCUAGAUUUUGAGGUGCUGCUUAAGCUGGAGAGAAAGCUGCAGAGAAACUCAGCAGAUAAGCGAACUAGUGCUGCCAGGGAACUCUUACAGAGUGAGAGAAAGUAUGUGCAGAUGCUGGAAAUUGUGCGGGAUGUUUAUGUGAGACCACUGAGAGCAGCACUGGCAUCAAACAGAGCAAUUCUGAGUGCUGCAAACAUACAGAUAAUUUUCUCUGAUAUUCUGCAGAUUUUAAGUCUCAACAGGCAAUUUCUAGAUAACCUAAGAGACAGACUACAGGAAUGGAGCUCAGCCCACUGUGUGGGGGAAAUAUUCAUAAAGUUUGGAGGCCAGUUGAACACAUACACCAAUUUCUUCAAUAAUUAUCCUGUUGUUCUGAAAACCAUCGAGAAGUGCAGAGAAAUGACACCAGCAUUCCGAGCUUUCCUGAAGAGGCAUGAUAAGACCACUGUUACUAAAAUGCUGAGCCUGCCGGAGCUGCUUUUGUUCCCAUCUCGGAGAUUUGAUGAAUAUGUGAAUCUUCUCUAUGCUCUGAGGCUUCAUACUGCUGCGGAACACGUUGACCGUGGGGACCUGACCACUGCAAUUGGCCAAAUCAAAAAAUACAAAGGUUAUAUAGAUCAGAUGAAAGAAAACAUCAGAAUGAAGGAGCAGCUGUCAGACAUACAGAGAAUCAUCUGGGGGUGCCCUACUCUAUUUGAAAUAAACAGAUACCUGAUUAGGGUCCAAGAUGUAGUCCAACUCCAUUGCUGUGAUGAGGAGAUAAGUUUCUCUUUAAGGCUCUAUGAACAAAUUCGUGAUCUCAGCUUCUUCCUCUUCAAUGAUGCACUGCUUGUUUCUAGCCGGGGCAUAUCUCACACUCCAUUUGAAAGGACUUCAAAAACAACCUACCAGUUCAUUGCAUCAGUGGCCCUUCACAGGUUACUGAUAGAAGAUAUUCCAGAUUCCAAGUAUGUCAAGAAUGCAUUUAUUCUUCAAGGUCCAAAAUGUGAAUGGAUUUGUGCUACUGAAGUAGAGGAUGACAAAUUCCUAUGGUUGUCAGUACUCAAAAAUGCGAUCAAAAGCAGUAUGGACAAGUGAGACUGGACUUGAAGAAAACAUCAGGGGUGUCAAUUCUCCCUGGC